AUGGGAAGGCCUCCAUGCUGUGACAAGUCUAAUGUGAAGAGAGGGCUUUGGACUCCUGAGGAAGAUGCCAAGAUCCUUGCUUAUGUAGCCACCCAUGGCAUUGGCAACUGGACCUUAGUCCCCAAGAAAGCUGGACUGAAUAGAUGUGGAAAGAGUUGCAGGCUGAGAUGGACUAAUUACUUGAGACCUGAUCUGAAACAUGACAACUUCACUCCUGAAGAAGAAGAGCUCAUUAUCAGACUCCAUGAAGCCAUUGGCAGCAGGUGGUCAGUGAUAGCAAGGCAGCUGCCAGGGAGAACAGACAACGACGUGAAGAACUACUGGAACACCAAACUGAAGAAGAAGCUGCAGAAGAUCGGGAUCGACCCGAUAACCCACAAACCCAUCUCCAAGAUCCUCAACGAUUUCGGCAACAUAAGUGGCAUCAACAUCCCUCCAAGCCCAAAUACAACAACCAAUUCAGCAACCCACCAAGCUGGUCCCUUUAUGAGAAAAGCCUUCAAACCAGAACCACCUUCUUCUUCUACCACAGCAACACCAACCUCAUCUUGCUCCAAUAACAGCACAAUAAUGAUGGCCAACAACAACAACAAUGACCAUACACCUCAACAGGACAAUUACAAUGGUUUCUUCUCCCUCACGCCACCACCAUCUGCUGCCGCCGAAACGUUUCUGUCCUGGGACUUCUCUGCCUCCGCCUCUGCCUCAUCAUCUCCCCUGCCUUCUGCCGAAACGUUUCUUGGCUCGCCAAGAGAAUCGUUCUCGUCAUCAUGUCAGCAGCAGCAGCAGCAGCAGCAGCAAGUGGAGGCUCAAACUACUCAAGGGUUGAUGUGGAGGGAGUUUCUGGUGAGCGAUUCGACGCUGGCAUCUUCGUCAGGUUUCCAGCAUGAGCAUGAUGAAGAGAAGGCAAUUGAGGAAGGGCCAUCAGCAGAAUUAGUACCACCACCAUCAGUAGCAGCAGCAGAUUUCUCAGCCCGAAGUGAUGGUGAUGACAUGGUAGGUGCAUUGUGUGGUGGUGGAAGUAGUUCGUUUGUGGAGAGCAUGUUGGACAAGGAGAGGGAGAUGAUGCAGUCACAGUUUCCUCAGCUUUUGGAUCGUCUUGCUUUUGAUUACUGA